AUGGCACCGGACCUCACCAUGCUACCCGGCGACGUCAUCGCGGAGGUCCUCCGGCGCCUGGAGCCGCACAGCCUGGGCUCGUCCCGGCGGGUCUGCAGGGCGUGGCGCGACACCGUCGACGCCCGCCUGCGCGGCCACCUGCUCUCGCGCUCCAUACGCGGCAUCUUCAUCAACUUCCCCCGGUUUACCUUCUCGGAGUUCUUCUCCCGCCCCUCGACGGGCCCGGCGAUCUGCGGAGGGCUCGACUUCUUGCCAUGCACGAUGGGCGUCAAGGUCACGGACCACUGCAACAGGCUCCUGCUCUGCCGCGAUCAGAGCCCCGACGAUGCACGGCCGUGCGAUUACGUCGUCAACCCGGCCACGCGUCGGUGGACGCGUCUGCCCCAGCGUCCUCGGCCGCACGUGCCGGGGUCCGGCCAGACCGCCUACCUCGCUUUCGAGCCCGCCGUGUCGUCGCACUACGAGGUCUUUCUGAUCCCAUGCGUGCCAGCCACCGACGAAUCAGACGACGACGACGACGACAACCCGUUGCUCGAGUCAGAGUGGCCUCCCGCAUCAUACGUGAUGCAUGUUUUCUCGUCCGCGACUCAGCGGUGGGACGAGACGACCUUCCUUCGGGAAGGGGAGGCUGCAGGGAUCGUCGCCAACAUGCACACGGAUUCAGAGGACGAUCGGUAUCGGUAUCGUGCCGUCUAUUGGCAAAGUGCGCUGUACGUCCACUGCCAGCAUGGCUAUCUUACGAGAAUGUCCUUGUUAGAUCACACGUACAGUGUAAUUAAGCUACCGAAUGCCAAACAUCCCAACCGCCAUCUGGGGCGAUCACUGAGAGGGGUGUAUUUCGCAAUAUCUUGUAGUUGGGAUGGAUUUCUUCAGCUUUGGUAUCUCAACGAAUCAUGCAGCCGAACAGAGUGGGUGCUAAAACAUGAUACCCAUUUUCAGAUCUUUGAACAUGAGGACCAACUGGGCAGGCGAUAG